AUGCUGUUGGACGGCAGGGCAGAUGUUAAUACGUUAAAUGAUGAAGGCAUGUCUGCUCUGGCUGUCUGUCAUUACACUCUGCUACCCACUUCAGUCUUUACAUGAGAACAUCAGCCCAGAGCCACAGAUCAAGCUUUUGGAACAUGUCUCCCACGAAUCCUCUCCGGAUCCAAUGACAGGAACACCCAAAGAUGAAAGUGGCCAAGAGACGUUUGAGACACCAAGAGAAAUCAACCAAACUGACCAAAGUCUUGAACCAGAGAACCUAAAUAACUUGGAGAAACUUGAAGAUCAAGAGCAAAUAAAAGAGGACACAAAUGAAGAUGAGACACUUCUUCAGCCUGACCCACCAGAGGGCCUCAACAGCUCGGAGGAACCUCAACUUCAGCAAAUUAAUCACAAUACAGACCCAAACAAGAAGGUAGUUGUUCAACUUAAACGUUUAGAAGACAGACCAGCAGAAGAACCACAUGUUAUAAAGUCAAGAUCUAUUCAAGUCUUUGAUGAUAAAAUCCCAGUGGGUUCUGUAUCGUGGAAAGAGAAGGAAGCGAAGGCAUUCGUUGACUCUGAGGAUGAGGUGACAAAUCUGGAGACUGAUGAAAACCUGGAAAGGAGCAUCAGAUCAGACGAUCCUACUUUUGAUUCUGCAUGUUCCAUAUAUUCCUGUGACAGAGGAUAUCCUGCAGAAGAGUGCUGAGAUCAUGUGCCAGACAGGAAGACACCCAGGAGACAGUCUGGAAACUUG